AUAUAUUCCCAACAAGUCUCUCUUUCACUUUCUAUCUGAUCUGCCUCUACAAAUUUAGACGCCCUUCUGCUCAAAACUCAUAACCCUUUUUGGUCUUUGCUUCUUCUUAAGGUUAGAACUCAGAAAGCAAUCUUGGGUGUUUUGGGCUCCCUUUGGUUUUCACUAUGGGCAGUUGGGGAAGACAGCCACAGCUGCAGCAAGGUGAUACUUAUUAUCGACGAGGUUCCGGGACUAAAUUUCAUAACAGAAAGCCUCCGCAUCAUCAACAUGAUAGUUGGCAGUUCGGUGUGCCUGCCUGGGAAAAGAAAUUUUGUUCGUCAGUGGGCUCAGUUCCAUGGAAAAAGCUCUUAGAUACAAAGAGGUGUAUGUAUCUGUAUGAAAAUAUUGUUCAAUGGAAUGAUUCUGCAGGUGAAGAGGCAUUCCAAAAUGCAAAAAACCGUUUUUGGGCAAAGAUUAACGAUAUUCCUUGUGAUAUAUCAUUGCCUGAUCCUGAUAUCUAUAUUGAUGAAAUAGACUGGAACUCCAGCAUUGAUCCUGAACUGAUUUUGGACUUGGAAAGGGAACCCAAACCCUCCGACGAAACCAAAGGAGAGGGUGUUCUUGUUGGUGAUCCAUUCCUUCUGAAUCAGCCUAUUGCAUGCACCGGAUGGGGGGAUGCUGAGGAGGACUUCAAAAAAGAUGCCAGUGGAGAUGCGGAACACUGGGGUCCUGGAGGGAAGGCAGAUGAUAAAGAGAACCCUUGGGGACUUGUCUCUGAUCAGAAUAAAGAAGCGAUAGGAGGAUGGGGCAGUAGUUGGAAUGAGCCUGUAUCUGAUCAGAAUAAAGAAGCGAUUGGAGGAUGGGGCAGUAGUUGGAAUGUGCCCGUCUCUGAUCAGAAUAAAGAAGCGAUAGCAGGAUGGGGCAAUAGUUGGGAUGAGCGUGUCUCUGAUCAGAAUAAAGAAGCGAUAGGAGGAUGGGGCAGCAAGUGGGAGAACAACAAUAACUUAAGUGAAUGGAAUACCAAUGUUGAUCAUUCUCAUAAGAAUAUGGAGUGGAAAAGGGCUGAUCGUGUAUGUUGGGGAAACAAUGAUGCAAGGAACGGAGCGGAUAAUAGUGGUGCAAGUUGGUACAACUCAAGAUAUAGGACCUCCAGAUUUCAGGGUGAUUAUCGUCAGAACGAUCGAGGGUGGAGGAACGGAGGAAGAAGAAAUAGGGUCAAUGCUGGUUAUCAAAGCAGUGGAACUUGGAAUAAUUGUCAGCAAGUGUAA